GGUCUCACCUUCUGCGUUGGGCUAACUGGAACCUCACGAGUCUCAGCGCGCGAGCCGCGUUUCAUUUCUCCGUUCGUUUUAUAUUAAUAUUUAUGCGUAUACAGCGGGCUGGGAUGUAGCCGUGGAGCAGUGGCAGUCGAUAGCGGGAUUUACUUUCGGGUCUCCUGUUUUACAGCAUAUGAAAAAAGCCUGCCUGUGUGUUGUCGCUCCGGCGAAGGGAACGACAACGAACCGAACGAGCUGCUCGGAACGAACGGUCGAGAAGAGCGCCGAGAACAGGGAGGGAGCGGAGCCUGGGCCAGUAGUCCGCGGGGACAGCGGCACGACACCCCUCUUCUCUCACGGGCUUUUGCGUUUCCAUGGGGCUCGAAAGUUAUGACCAAGAUCUUCUUGGAGACGGCGGACGGUCGCUGUGAGGUACGGACAUAGGGACGCCCAUCUCGGUUUUCUUGUUCAAAAUCAUUGGACUACGCUGCCCGCGGCUGUUGAAUUCAUGCCCACAUCCCCGUGUCUGCUCGCAUGAUCACCGGCGUGCACACAGUUUUUUUUUUAUCUUUUGGAUUUUAAAUAGCAUUUCUGGGGGGUUGCGGCUGAGACCGGAUCAUUCCUUUUGAAUUUUUGGGAUUGUUUUUUGGCACCCCCGCCGGUUUACAGCUGCUGGGGUUCCCGCGACAGUCCGAACUGAUGCGCUCGGUACUGUGAACACAUGACCACGCAGGAUCGUCAUCAACCUCGUGUCUUUCACGUUGUGUGUUCGUAUUGUUCUUAACGGACUUUGUACGCGCUCGGUCGCCGUCCAGCACCCCCGUCCGUGUCGGGCUCCAGCCAGUUCACAUCACCAGGCUGAGAAGUGGACUCGAAAGUGUCAAAACGGGCGUCGUCACUGCCGCAGGUUGCGCACCUGGCUGGAAUACUAUACAUCUGAACACUUGAAAUUAUAAACAAACACACACACACACACACACACUCUGCACGCACGCACAAAGUGACUGAGUGACAGACGCAGACGCCAUUCGGGUGACACAUGACAUCUGAUUCUGAACGACGCACCAGGCCUUCCCCUGUGAAUGAGAUCUGACCCGGUCCGACCCAGGUCCUCCCGCGCCCGACGACGCAUCGCGCUCCGCCGCCCCAGUUCCCGCCGAAGAGGAUUAAGCAGCCCGGACAGUAACAGCGAUGCUGCUGCUGCAUGUGGAGAUGCUCGCCUUCGCCUUCCCCUUCCUGGCCCUCUGGAUGUGUGUUUUUAGCCAGGAGCCCGGUUCCAAGGUGGUGGCCGACCGCUACGCCGUGUACUGGAACCGCACCAACCCCAGAUUUCUGCGUGGAGACUACCACAUUGACGUAUGCAUCAACGAUUACCUGGACGUCUUCUGCCCGCACUACGAGGACUCUGUACCCGAGGAGAGGACGGAGCGCUAUGUGCUAUACAUGGUCAACUACGACGGCUACAGCACGUGCGACCACACCGCCAAGGGCUUCAAGCGCUGGGAGUGCAACCGACCCCACUCGCCCAACGGGCCGCUUAAGUUCUCCGAGAAGUUCCAGCUCUUCACCCCGUUCUCGCUGGGCUUCGAGUUCCGGCCCGGCAGAGAGUACUACUACAUCUCAUCCACAGUUGCUGAAAAUGGGAGAAGAACGUGCUUGAAACUCAAGGUUUUUGUUCGACCAUCAAACAGCUGUGUGAAAACUAUAGGCGUUCAUGAUCGUGUUUUUGAUGUUAACGACAAAGUAGACAAUUCAUUAGAACCAAGAGAUGACACAAGUCACGAGUCUGCUGAGCCGUCACGGAGCGACGCCAACGCAGCAGAACAGCCGAGAACAGGGAUUACGCUGUUGGCCACCAUGUCCUGCCUUCUAGCCUUGCUUUGGCUGUUAUAGCGCCCAGUCUGGCUUCCAGCGGAGGUGCAUCCUGGAGCUGGAGAUGCCUCCUCCAUACCACCCGAAAACUCCCCGGGUGGGGAUGGAGGUGCAAAAGGGUGGGGAUGGUGGCAGGGUGGGGGAGGGGUGAUCUUCUCAAGGAAUACUAUCUUUUUUCCAGAUAUUUAAGUGGUCUUUCUCAGUCCAUGAUAAAGAGUUGAUAUCCAAGAGGGAGUUUCCCCAAACUGUUCAACUAAGAUGCCAAAUCUGCUUUUGACACUUAGUGAUUCUUAUUUUCCUGUGAGUUCAGACCUCCCUUGACCUGCCUCCUACACCCUCCAUAAUUUUUACACAAAAAUAUACACGCUCAAAUCCAACCAGUUCUUUGUAGUUUUUCAUUAGGCUGAAUUUCAGCAGUAGGAGACUACAGUUCUGGACAUCAGAUGAAUACCGCCCUUCGUAACACACACAUACAUACAGACACGCACACACACACAUGCACACUUACACACUCCAGAUAAAUGUUCAUUGACAACACCAAGUGCAGCCUUAGCUUUGGAAAGGUGGCAAUGGAAAGAGCCCACAGUGACAGUGUGGACCGACUUUGACAUGAGGAUGUGACUGAUGAACAUGAGUGGCUGGAUAAGACGGAUAUUUCUGCUGUGAGGAUAAUGUAAAGAGUAGUUGGUUGUGGGAGCACUGCGUAGGAGUGCUGCAACAAAAAAACGGAGGGAAUAAGUAUUCUUAGACAAUAUUUUGUGGAAAAUAAAAAAUUAAAAAAAAAAAAAUAUUUUUAAAAAUUAAUAUACAAUUCAAGUCAACCAAACAAAGCAUUAAAGAUUUUUUGUUUGGAAUUCGUAUGAAAUUUCUUUAAUGUGUGAAUAAUCCAGAAAAUAAUCCAGGAGAGGAAUAGAAUUAUUUUGA